UCGACUGCCUCUUACUUUUACUUUUUAACGACUUGGUCGUCGUUGUCGCCAUCAUCGUCGUCGCCACAGCGAAUCUCCUCCAGAUAUAACGCGCUCGUUACGGUGGCAAACUCUAACGAAUUUUACGGCGAUUAUCAUUGCAAAUCGGUCAGUCGGGAAUAGCACUCAAAAUCAUAACUAUAUGAUUACAAGAAAGUACAAUUUCCUUCUCUUUCUAUCGGGAUAAUUAUUUGCCGUUACCUAUCGAUUCGUGCCGAAUUCCGGAGUAUAUACGAUGAGUAAAUCGUGCCUCAUAUAACGAUAAUGAACUAACAGUGACAGAAAGUGUAUUUAAAAAAAGUUCAUCCCCGUCGAGUCAGAGUAAUCAUCGACGGCAUUGGCAUCCCACUGGACAAUCGGUGAACCGUCGAGAAAUUUUUAAACAAAAUAAAAAUUCGUUGGAAGCUGAUACGAGCGUGGAGUGAAGACUAAACAAUAUUGUUUAUCAGUAGUGCUCUGUGGAGAUAUGUGGCUCAAGAGCCCCAUUCUAAUAUGUUGCGCGGUGGCGUGUGUGCUCGCUAAAGAAGAAACGAAGAAAUUGAAACCCGGACAAGGAUACGUGGACAUUCGAUCAUCUAGUGGUGAGACGAGACCGAUUUCCAUUGAAGAAUUUGUCACAUCCCAUAAAAUACCCGAAGGAGUGAUAAAGUUAAAUGAGAGGGGAGUCGUGGCUGAAGAAGCCGAGCAUGCCAAAGAUGUGAAAACCUUCCAAAAGCUAGAUACGAAAGUUGAAAAAGCUGAUAAUAUUGAUGAUUAUGAGAAAAACAACUCAAAAAGACAAGCACGCAUAGAACUCGAGAAUUUUAGCAGUGCUGGGGUUUUACAAGAAGAUGGGAUUAGAAAACUAGACACUUACAGAGCUAAAGAUGAAGAGGACGACAGAGACUCAUUACUUCCCGGUGUUCAAGUCAGUGAUGAGUAUCCAACGACAAUGAUACCAGUAUUGACUACAGAAAGGGAAUAUCGUUCUUUCGACUUUGCUCCGGUCAAUAUUAUCCGCGAGGAUAACAAGAAUAAUUGGACCCCGUACGCCAAUAGUAAUUUCGAUGAUAUUGGUGAUGUAAGUCUUGUCCCCGCUGGUUCAAAUUCACGUAUCCAGGUGAAAAAAGGGCCUAAUGGGAAAGAUUAUGAGUACGAGUACGUAUAUUACUACUAUGACGAAGAAGAAGAGGAUAAAGCGAGCGCCUCAACGAACAAUCAACAGGAAGGCCCGAGGGGAACUACAACUUCACCGAGGCGUAGUGGGUCCAACAGCAACAGGAGCAAAUAUAAUAACGUUGAAAGGUCAUCGACUGUAGAACCGGCGACCAACGAAGUGAUUCCCAAUAGGAAUAGUAACCGUGGCAGACAAUUGGGAGAAAAUGAAGAUGUAUCUGAAGAAAGGUUACCAACGAAUACCCGUUUCCCACCGAGAUCACUAUCUCGAUCGAACCAUAACACAGGAACAACUGAACCUACCCGCGCCCGUGGCAACCGACCGAGGCCGAGUCUUGAUCUGGUCGACUCCAGCAGUUUCCGAACUCAUCAAGAAGGUCCAGAAUUUCCGCAGAGCUUACCUAAAGGACCCGUGCGAUUCCUAGGUGUAACACCGAACGAGAAUGGUGACGAAAAGCCGGUUACAAGAGUACGCGGGAGACCACAGAGGGUUCAGGAACCUGCCCCAGUCGUCGAAGUAUCGGAAGACAUUGUUCCGGUUACCAGAAGGAGACCAAUCAGUGAAUCACCAGCCGUUGAACUUGAGCUAAACCGAGGACAGCCUCCAAGGCCUCUUCUCCCUGACAGCGCGGAAGAUGAAGAGGAAAAGAUUGAGACGUCGUCAUCUCCUACGCUCAGAGAUUCUGAUAAACCCAAUAGCGACGAUAAACUCCGGGAGCAUCCUCUAGAAUCUACGACGGAAGGGAUAACUGUUGAAACUCCCACAACAGAAUAUUCAUCAGCCAUGGAUAAAGUAGCGCUUGAUCUGUAUGCUUUUCUUCAGCAAGGCCAAAGCAAUCUCGUAGAUGCAGCUGGGGCUGCUGAUGAAAGUAAUGAAAGUUCGACUAUUGAUGUCGAAGAUGUUACGACCGAUGUGCCAACUACGACUGAAGAAGUUAGUCCUACAACAACUGAGGCUACGACUACGACCACAACAGAAGCUACAACAACAACAACGACGACAACUACCACUACCACCGAAGCAACUACGACUACGAGUCAACCGCCUGGCAGAGGAAAGUUCAAGAGACCUGGUCUUUCAGGUGGUGCUGGCUCGAGAAAUCGAUUCAAGCCUAAUGGGAGCGGAAGUGGAACGACGACAACCGAGGCGCCGGCAGAACCAACCACGCGAACUAGGAAUCGAUUCGGAAGUUCCGCCGCGGGUGGUUUCAAGCGGCCGAGGCCAGGCCAAAAGCAGCCAGUUGAGGAAGAAAUACAAAAAGAUUCAACGAGCACUUCAAAUGCUGAGAAGCCAUCUUCAGGACGAAACCGGUACCGAGGUGCAGCGCCCAGGACGUCAGGAACCACCACAUCCGUUCCUUCGACUUUGUCAUCUCCUGCGAAUGGAAAUACCGGCAUUUCACGACCAGGAUUCAACAAACUUAACGUCAAUCGAAGACGUGGAAGACCAUCAACCCCUUUGCCAGCAACGAGCGAAGAGUCUCAAGACACUGGGGAAAAACCACAAAAUGUCCAAACGGACACUGUCCAAGAUGCACCUACGACUCCGAAAUCUUCAGUUAGAGCAAGACUUCCGGGUAUUGGACCACGGCCUGUCAGACCCGGCGCAAGAGUAAAUCUAAGGACAAGACCUGGACAAAGCACGACUUCGACUACAGCUGCACCUGAAGUUUCCGAAGGAUCUAUUGAAGAGCCAGCCGGUGAAGGCACCGAGGAGGAGACACAUGAGGCUCCAGCUGAAACCAAUCCACCAGCUCGUCAAACUACUGCGAAUCCCUUGAAUAAACUGCGCUCGAGGAAUCGGCUCCAAGUUCAACCAAAAUCGACGACUCGUUCACCGGUCGCCGUUUCUCAUAGACGAUCACCCCUUCUGCCGAGACGUAAAACGACAGAAGCCCCAGUGACCGAAACAACCGAGAAUUAUGAGGAUGAAGCAGCACCAGAAACGGUUUCUGAAGUCGAAGCGACAGAAGCAGCACUGCCGGAAACUAGUACCGCUGCUAGCACGAAGCACGAAGAAACCAGAAGUCUCAGUAGUCUUUUGGCACCUAGACGCAGGAUAGCUCCGAGACGUCCCGGACAGCUCAUUUCUCGAGAAUAGAGACCAUCGGUCGAAUAAAACCUUCAUUUCACCACGAGUACUCGAGCAGUAAAUCAUUGAUUAUAUAUCGGGAAAUAAAUACAACUUAGCAAUCCAUCCAGGUACUUGUGAGUGAUGACGUAUUUUGGUAUAAUUCGUCAGCGGUUUAUCGAACUCUUACGAACCUGGCUUGAUCAUUUUUCGAGUAGGACCGGUUAGUUAAUCUUCGGUCCACGACAAAAAAUCAUCAGCCCAAUAGACUGAUUGUGGCGAAUAAUCGAGUUUGCGGUUACUUGAUGAUUAUACCUAUUGAUUUACACAAGAUAAACAUUACUACAAAAUGCCCAAGGAGAGUGCUCCAGUUCUCGAGAACCGAAAAAUAACGUUUUGCGAGAAUCUAUACAGCGAGGUCAUACUGGUCAGGAACGAGGAAACAGGCAAAGAUUGGACCAUUGACUUUCGUAAAUCUGUUGUACAUUUUUUUACUACAAUUUUCUGUAAUCACAAUUCAAUGAAGCGAGAUCGGCUUGCUCUGUAUUGAGAAAUGAAGUAAUUACAUCGUUGCAGCUAAAAGAGAUGCGACGCAGAAACACAAUAUGCGAUUUGAAACCGCGUACACGGUUCAAGUGUUGCCUGACCCAAGGAAGACUGUUAUUGUCUUAGAAAAAGCGAGUUCACGGUGCAUUUGCCUAAAUCAAAGCAUACUGUAACACAUCGUGAAACAAUUAUAAGAAUGGUGACGACAAUAACAAUAAUAUUUAACUAUCAUUCUAUAUUUCAUUAUACAUCGCUUGUGUGAGUUACUUUAUUUAAUAGUCAAUUUCGAUUACACGUUAUCGAGGGACGCAUCAGCGCUUCGACGACAAGUUACUAAACGACGUUUAGCGUAUACAUAUAUGAUUCCAGUAGCCCAACCUGUAAUAAGCGUUACGAUACCUUAACUAUCUUUCUCAGAUCGAAAUGCCCAAGUGCCUGAUGUUAUACUAUUUUUUUUUCUAUUGAUCCGAGAUAUCUAGAAAUUGUGUAAAUAUUUCUAUUAAACGUGUAGUUAAGUUAA